AGCCGGCAGACAGAACUUUGUAGGUCAUCACGAGCAUUUCAUUGGCGCACCGCGCUAAGCAUAACGAUUACGGAUUAUGCUACUGCUCCUAGGUAAGAUAACGUACAUCCAAGCCAGUCAUCCAUCGUCGCUGCUUGCAGUGCUUUCCUUCUCUGGAUUCAUUCUCUCUGUCUCUCCUCUGUAUUGUGCUAAUGUUGAGAGGCCGUCAAAAUCUCGCCUUGGUUUUUUUUUUUCUUUUGCCCGUCGCAGCUCCGAGUUGGUCGUGAUCGGCGCCAUGCUUCCACUCCGCAAUCCGCGAAACAAAGUACUUUUUGAUUUUGUGGUAUAUCCCAACGCCGCCUGAUGAGUGAUGGAAAAAAAAAAAAAGUGUCAAAACUGUGAAAACCCAGGAAUCCCUCGCAAGACAAGAUGAAGAAAAAGAAGAAGAUAAAAUAAAGCAAACCAC